CCAAUGUGGCCACACGCUCCUAUUUUGUGGACACCGGUUACCACGCGGUUUGGCGCCACGUGAUUUGCCGCGUGCGCAAGCAUCCUUCUUAUUUUGAAAUUUUGUUAUUGUUUUUUUUUAUUUGAGAUUUUUUUGUAGCCAGCCCGUGAUGCAAACUAUUUAGCGAUACCUGUUUUGUUUUCGUUUGGGAUGGACAUGAUAGGUGAAGGACGGGCAUGAACAGUGAUUAGUGAGAAGUGAUAAUGACGUGACGAUACCUUAUCAAUAUGAGAGCUGCGUUAAUUCUCGUGUUCGGCUUCCUGUUUUGCCCGAAACCAUCAUGUUCCAACUUGGAUAAUCUAGCAUUAUUAGCCGGUACAUUGAAGACGAUGCAGCGAGCAGCCUGUGACGAUGAGAUGGUAUCCCUGGCCUGUCCCCGGGGAACAUCCAUUAGCAUCCAAGUUGCACAGUAUGGGAAAGCGGCGCUGGAUGCUCACACAUGUGUUGCUGAGAAACCACAAGAAUCGACGGAUCUUAGCGAAAAGUGCUUGUGGCCGAAUGCUAUGCAGUACUCGCUUCUGCAAACAGUCGUGGAAGCUUGUCAGAAGAAGCCGGCUUGCAAAUUUAGCACGAAAUCAAAACCAGGAUCUGUUGACCCCUGUCCACAUGCGAGGAAGUUCGUCGAAGUUGCAUACAAGUGCAGGCCUUAUGAGUUUCUAAGCAGAACUGGUUGUGAAGAUGAUGUGAUAAAGGUGUCUUGUAACCCAUAUACAAGAGUGGCCAUAUUUGAUGCUCAGUAUGGCAGAACUGCGUAUGAGUCGAUUACAUGCCCGCAGACACAGGGAGUUGUGGAUGAGAAUUGUUUGGCUCCAUACGCGGUUGAAACAGUGAUGCAAAUUUGCCACGGCAAGCGAAGAUGUCAAAUCGCAGCGAACAGCAAAACAUUUGGCUCGCCUUGCAAACCCGAUUCCCGAGCUUAUCUGAAAAUCGUAUAUGCGUGCGUUCCGCUAGGUGUUUUAACUGAGAGAUACGAAAGCACGGACGAAAAAGAUGAAGUCACGAAAAGUUAUGAAAUAAACAAAGACAAAGGAGUGUUUGAAGAAUCAGAUCCAAGUAAUAAAUGGGAGGUAAAUGCUGUAUCACCGAUCGCCGACUCAGCGCUCCAACCUCCAGUAGAAAUUAGCAACCAUCGGGAAAAGGAAAUUGCCUCAGAAAAUGUAUACACUGGAAAUGUGAAUAAAUCAGAACGUUCGAGAGCGAACGAGAACUUCUACUUCUAUAUCGGCAUUGCAAUCAUCAUCGUCAUAGUUUUAGUAAUUUCUUUAAUAGCAGUACGAAUUUAUAUUAAUCGUAAGAGAAAACGCAACGCCAAAAAUGGUAACAUGUUUACCACGGAGGCCCCAAAUAUCUUCAAUGAUGCCAUAUCAGACAUAGAUAAUGAUGCUACUGUUAGUCAUAUUUCUGGAAACUUCUACGAUCCAGGCCACCCAGACAUGUUGUAUAGAGAGUCAACGAAAACUCUUCGACCAAUGAAACCUUUAUCAACAGUGUACCCGUCGGCUGGUGCCUGCAUGUAUGGAGUAGAUUAUAUACCUCAAGUGGAAGCUCUAAGGUUCGAGAAUGAUCCAGAAGUAAUGAUGAGUCCAAAGAGUUUAAGUGGUUAUACUAACACGCAGUUCCACUAUGGGUGACAAAACGAUGGAGGUGACACCUCCGGGACUUACUUUUUCUGAUUCCACAAUGGUCAUGCUUUUAAAGCAAACAGUUAAUAGGUGACUCAUCAGAUUUUGUGUUCUUUAGUCAUAGAAUAUUUUCUCAAGGCAAUUUUAAAUGGUAAUUUAGGCGGAGACCAAUUAUAAUUAUAAUUCGAUGUAAAUAGAGUCGAUGUUGUGUAAAUUUUAAUGACCUGUAUUUGCUAUGUUUUCGUUAUUAUUAUUGCGGUAUUAGUUUUAGAGAUAGUAGAUAUUAUUUGUUUGAAAUGUGCCUUUUUAUCCAUAAAAUGGAUGUUAAGUUUAAUUUCAAUAUAUUAAUUUAACGUUGAAGAAUUAUCCAUAUUAUCAUUUAAGAUGUACAUAUGACAUUAAUAAAUUUCAUGUAUAACCAUUUAAAUUUAUAUAAUUUUGUGCCUUUCGUAAGCAACUAGGUUUUGUUAAUUCUGAUUAGGGUUCGUUAAAUAAAAUUCAUUAAUUAUAUUCUUGUAUCCUUCAAUUAGUAAUAAAUCUCGCACCUAAAUCUAUUUAAUAUGCGAACUGCUGUAACCACGCUUGCAAACACGGUCAUUACAUUUUCCAUUAAAGCACAGACCUGUCUAUGUAAUUUUAUAAUUUUUUAAUAAAUUAUCCGAAAAA